CUGGGCCCGGUGCACAGGGACAGAGGGGACAUUGUGCGGGCGCUGGCUCCGUUCUACCAAACCUUCCUGGACGUCCUGGAGUUCCGGGACCACGUGUACGAGCUGCUCAACACCAUCGACGCCAGCCGGUGCUUCUUCGACAUCCACAUCAACUACGACUUCACCAAGGGCUACCUGGACCUGGUUGUCACCUACGUGUCGCUGGUGCUGCUGCUGGCGCGCGCCGAGGAGCGGCGCCUGCUGCUGGGGCUCUACCACUGCGCGCACGAGAUGAGCCACGGCGCCAGCGAGCCCGGCUUCGCCCGCCUGGCGCAGAUGGUGCUGGAGUACGAGCACCCCCUGAAGAAGCUGCCCGAGGAGUUCGGGCCCCACACCAAGGCCGUGAGCGGCGCGCUGCUGUCCCUGCGGGCCCCGUUCGCGCGGCGCUGCCGGGACGCGGAGCUGUGGCGGCAGGAGCAGCUCCUGAGCCUGCUGGGACCCGCGGGGGACAUGCUGAGCCCGGCCACCUGCGACAGCAUGGCCUGUGAGUACCUGUCCCUGGAGGUGAUGGAGCGCUGGAUCAUCCGUGAGUCACCACCUGCGACAGU